AUGCCAACGGCCAUCCGCAAGCGCCCAGCGGCGGGACAAGAACCGCGCGUCCAUGGCGGCAAGAAGCCCCGGUACGCGUUCGGUAGCAUCUCCGACUACGAGAAGCUUGAGGUGCUUGGAGAAGGCACCUACGGCGAGGUGUUCAAGGCGCACGACCGCCGCACCGGCAAGAAGGUCGCCGUGAAGUGGGUCCGCGGCAACGGGGCCGGCGGACACGGCCCGCCCGACAUCCGCGGGAUCACCCGCGAGGCCGGCUGCCUCGGCACGUGCCGGUCUCAUUUCUCCCUCGUGGAGAUAGCCAUCUCUGUUUGGAUAGCCUGA